AUGGCGCCUCCCCAACCCGAGCUCAAGAAGUACCUCGACAAGAGACUGUUUGUGCAGUUGAACGGCAGCCGAAAAGUUACCGGAACCCUACGUGGCUACGAUGUCUUCCUAAACAUUGUCCUCGACGACGCCUUGGAAGAAUUUGACGGCGGAGACAAGAUCAAGCUCGGCAUGGUGGUCAUCCGAGGCAACUCGGUCGUGAUGCUCGAGGCCAUGGAAAGAAUCGGCGGUGACGAUCGGCAACAGCACCACCAUCGAUGA